AUGAAGACUCUUAAGCAGAGCGUGAAGCGUAGGCGUGCUGCUACAGACCCCAUCGAGAGAGCAAACCUAAAAGAUGACGAGACCUUCAUUAGGGAACACUUCUGUCCUAGCACUCCGACAUGGACUGGGUGGAUCAAUCCGAAAACGGAAGAAAGGCACUCUCUUGAUCUCAUCCAGUCAGGUAAUCUGACUACUGAGGAUCUUGAAGCCUGCUUUAGAUUAGUCGAAGAAACUAGCCGCGCUGACUAUGAGUCCUCUUUAAUCGGGUGGAAGCCAGACAAGAAGCUCACCGAGAUGAAGUCCCCCGAGUUAAGAUAUAUCAUCGUGAAAGAUAGUACAGGAAUAAUACGCGGCUUCACCUCUUUAAUGCCAACUUAUGAGGAAGGGGAACCGGUCGUGUACUGCUACGAGAUUCAUCUCAAACCAGAGUUACAAGGGGCUGGUUUAGGCAGGAUGCUCAUAGGGUUCCUCGAAAACGUGGCAGUGAACACGCCUCCUAUAGAGAAGGUAAUGCUUACCUGUUAUUUGUCUAAUGAGCGCGCUCUUGCCUUCUAUAAGAAAGCGGGUUUUGAGAAAGAUGAGAUAUCGCCAGAGCCGAGAAAGCUCCGAUUUGGCAAGGAGUUUAUCCCCGACUAUGUUAUCAUGAGUAAACUUGUUAGCCGUAGUGGCCAGAAAGAGAAUUAA